GUUAGGUUGGCAACAUCAGGAGGAUGAACUUGAAGGGGGUUCUUUUCGUUAUAUUGUUGGGGUACAGCAGUACCCUUGGAGCCAUAUUUUUUUUAGGACCUCUGAUCCCUCUGGUGUAUUUUCAACCCGCCCUUGGCAGACGCUUACUUGAUCAGCUGAUAUGGCUCUGGCAGGUUUACGCUGUGGCUGUAGUUGAAAAGGUCUGUGGUGUAAAGGUUGUUAUCACAGGAAACCCGAUACCUGAACAGGAGAGUGGGCUGAUCUUAAUGAAUCACCGAACGCGAUUUGAUUGGCUGUUCAUGAUGUCUUACCAGCUGCGUUGUGGUUCUUUGAGACAUUUUAAAAUAAGUUUGAAGAAAAGUCUCAAGAAUGUUCCAGGCCCAGGUUGGGCAAUGCAGAGUGCUGGUUAUAUAUUCUUACACAGAAAAUGGGAAAUUGACCAGAAAAUCAUGACUAGAUGUAUCUCUUAUUUCCAUAAGGUCAAACACAAGCCCCAGGUGUUACUGUUCCCUGAGGGUACUGACCUGACACCUAACACUAUGAAGAGAAGUGACAAGUAUGCUGAAGAUAAUGACCUUGAGAAGUACCAUUAUGUCCUCCAUCCACGCACCACUGGCUUUAUCUUUCUUGUGGAGAAAAUGAGAGAAUAUAAUCUGCUGGACUCUCUGUUAGAUGUAGCUGUGGCCUACCCUAAACAUAUCCCACAGGGUGAAAAGGAUAUCCUUCGGGGAAACUUUCCUUCUGAGGUGCACUUCAAUGUUAAAGCCUACAGUGAUGUGGAUGUGCCACUUGACAAGGAAGGCAUAGAUAAAUGGUGCCGUGAGCGAUGGCAGCAAAAGGAACAACAACUGAAAGAUUAUUACCUUGGUGACCGAGUUUUCUCAGGGUCCCCGGUUGAUCCUGCUAGGCAGCAGAAGGAAGAUUAUGUACAACACUUGUUCACAUUCUCACUGGUGUUCUGGAAUAUUUUCCAAGUAGCAGCUACAAUAUUUUUACUGUACGCUCCAGUAGUGAGGUGGUACACACUGCUGUGUGGCUUAGGUUUUGUUUUAGUCAGUAGAUAUGGUGGCAUGGGGAAAUUCCUGGCCAGUACUGUCACUCAGGUAGAACCCUAGGCCAUUUUUUGUUGCUGAUAAAUUAAAGUGUACACAAUCACUUCAUUGCUUGCUCUAACCUAGGCUGAUUCUGUGUUUUUAUAAAAUAUCAAAUAGAAAAAUCUAACACACUACCUAUUAUAAGAUCUGUCUUAUCCCUUCUGGCUUUUUACCUUUACACGACAUUUGGCCAAAGUGACAUCAUAAUCAACAUAAUGUUAUAUACAAUUGUUUUUCUGCUGCAUUUGUCCACAUUGCAAAAAAGAUUCAGCAAAACUGAAGAAACAGAAAAAAGUUCAUAACAGUUUUUUCAUGUUCCAUUUUGACUCAAUUAUGUUCCAACAAGGUGUAUGUGAGACACUAGUAGACUUAUCUUGGUUUGGUUGUGAUUGCCAUUUUGUUACAGAAUAUCAGUAAUUGAGAUAAAUCAGCUUUGAAAAUAUUCAGGUAACAAAUUUAAUUUGUCCCUCAGCACCACAUAGAUAUUCGAGAGUCUGUUUGAUUUAAUGGAAACCUUCCACCUGUGUCUCUUUAUCUAAACAUUUGUUAUGAUGUCAUGCUAUGUACCAGGUGUCCUUGUUUAGAAUUACUUUCUCCUUUUAUACUUAUAGAACCACAGAAACCCACCAAUACCUUCACAAUAUUUUAUUAUAUAACAGAUUUAGAAGAAAACAGAAUUUUACCAUGGUAACAUGUAAGGGGAGAUCACCCAUGUAAAGUCGAUGAAAUAUUAUUUAUCAGUAUUGAAAGUUAUAUAUUUCUUUGUGGUCUAUAUUUAUAUCCCUGUGUAAAUUGUCAGUUCUAAUCAUGUUAAUAUGACUGAAUGUUAACAUAAAGUUAUAGAAUAAUGAAGUGAAAUUAUUACAUCAAUUGUGAGAUGCAGUAUUAAACAAUAGAUAUUCUAACUUAUACAUCCAACUCAAUUUAGAAUAUUUUGCACUGUUUUCCUGGUGUUUUUAUGUCUUUUUAGCAGUAUUUACAAUAAUUUUAGAAUGCAGUUUAUUUCAUUGAUUGGUGAGUCUUUAAUGGCUAAUGAUGACCAGUCUUCAUUUGUGUUGACCAUCUGUUUCAUCAAUGUCCCUGCAUACUGAUGACCUCGCUAAAGGUCACUGUGUAAGUUGACCAACAGUUGGUAUCCCCUACCUACUGAUGACCUUUCCAUCAAUCACUGUUAUGGUUAUCCAA